ACCAAGAACCACCAACACACCAACGUCUGAGGGCAUCAGCCACUGGCAGGGAGUGUGGUGAGGGGAGAUGGCCUCCAUACCUCGGAGAGCGUGAAUUGGAAACGGUUUUGCUUUCAGACCGUAGUAACUGGUCUCAUCACAAACUUCAGUUUUUUGAAAAUGGGAUUUGAAAAGUUAUUCUGUGUACAUGUAUUUAUUACAUACUCAAUGAUUAGUUGCUACACAACUUUAACAGCUCAUUAACACAAUCAUUAACUUAACCAAUCACAUGGCAGCCACUCAGUGCAUUUAACCAUUUGGAUAUAGUCAAGAGGAGAAUGUUCUGGAAAGAUGUCCAGUGAGCAUCAGUUCUCUGGGAAAAAGUAUCCUGUUGAUGUCACAAGUGAGAGGGGAAUGGACGGACUGCUUCAAGCUGAUAGGAAGACUCUACAGUUUAAAAGGGUUUACCCAGACUGAGGUGAAAGCAAAAGGCCAUGGCUGCUCUAUGGACUCUGGCUUUUAUUUCUGUAAUUGCAAGGUUUUCCUGCAGUCAGACUUCAGAGUGCUCAUACUAUAGUCUGCUGGACUACUUAAACCUGACCUCAUCAAAUGUUGCUCUGGAAACCAUGCGACCAGUGAAAAACUGGACCAGAAGCACCGUUGUUCAGGUGGACUUGUUUUUGUUGGGCAUUUUAGAAUCGAAUGAGAAGUCUCAAACUUUCACAAAUGAAAUCAGGGUCCACAUGAGUUGGACAAAUGAAUUCCUGACUUGGAACCCUUCAGAGUUUUGUGGGAUACAAAAGCUGUCCAUUAUGACAUCAAUGUUGUGGUUCCCUGAUGUAAUCAUUAUUGAAGAUGUUUCUGAUGGCGGGAGCAUUCGGAUGAGUCCACUGGUCACUGUAUAUUCCAACGGUUCAGUGAACGCAGACUUUCAGCAGCGGCUGACCUUUGCGUGCCGUUUAAAUCUCUUCGUGUUCCCUUUUGAUUUGCAAACAUGUUACAUCACAUUUUCAUCUCUGAACUCUGAUGUGGACUCUAUAACAUUUGGAACGAUCAGCGACGAAAAAUUCCUCACUCAAGUCUCUGAUACAGUCAUGCUUACAAGGGGAGAGUGGGAACUCAAACACAUCGACAUACAGUCAACUAAUCAAACCAUUGAAAAUAAAAGCUACGUUUCAUUCAGAGUCUCGAUGUUGAGGAAGCCAAUGCUUUAUGUGAUAGAUUUCAUCAUACCCCUCUUCUAUUUCCUGAUCAUGGAUUUGGCUUCGUUCUUCAUUAGUGAGGCCAAAGGGAAAAAGCUGAGCUUCAAAGUGACGAUUCUUCUGUCCAUCUCUGUCUUACUGCUGCUUCUUAAGGACAUAUUGCCGUCCACUGAAAAAGACAUGCCAAUCAUAUCCAGUUAUUGCAUGGUCAUCUUUACAAUGGUGGCUGUAAGUGUCCUGGAGACCAUGCUGGUGAUGUUUUUAAUGGACUUUGAAGGUUUUAGUUGUUUUUAUAAGAAGGCUCGAAACUGUGAAAAUGCCGAGACUGAUGUUCAGCUGGAACCCAUGGAAGCCACGGCUGUGGAAGAUUCUGCUGAAACUUUAAAAAAGGGUGAAGGGAAACUGAAAAGAAGUGACCUACUCAGUGACUGUGACCUUCUGAAGUUAAUCCUUGACGAAGUGAAGGCAGUUCAAGAGAAAUCUGGAAGACAGGAUGAAGUCAAUGGAAAGCAAGAAUGCUACAGGAGACUGGCUGUAAUCAUAGACCGUGUGUUCUUUGUUUUAUAUUUGAUUGCUUCCACACUUUUUGUGGUGUUGACAUAUUUAAUGUGGAUUCCACAAAUGCUUUGAUUUAAAUUUGAGUAGAUUUCGUGUUGUGAGCAUAAUCGGUCAGUGCAUGAAAAUAGAUGUUUUAGUUGUGAAACAUUGCCUACGCAAUGUUACUAAAUGCAUGCAGUGCAGGAUGAAACAUGUUAAUAACUACUGCACGUCUUUUUCAAAACUUGAGGAAACCCACUCUGGAAGGUAACUGAAAAGAAAGUGAAUUGAAAACAGAAGUGAAAACAAAAUAAGAACAAAGACUAGUUAUAAAAUACAAUAUAUAUAAUAACUCAGGUUUCUU